AUGGAAAAGGAAGAACCAGAAAACACAUUUGAAGUAGAAGAAGAGCAAAAUGAUAAGAAGAAGAGAAAGAAGACUAUCAUCAUCGGAAUAAGUGCAGUGAUAUUUGUGACACUGAUAAUCUUUGUGAUAUUGCUGGCAGCUGGAUCAAAAAAGAAGAAAGAAGCAGCUGAGAAUAAAGUGCAAGUGAAGAAGAAGGAAAAGAAAUCAAAGAAGCCAAAACCAAAGAAGAUGAAGACACCCAAAUCACUGACACCACAAACGGAUCCAGUUAAUCCCCAACAAGAGUACGCCUACGAAUAUGGUGAUGAUGAUCAAAAUUUGGAUUAUAGGGAUAAUUUUGAGCCAGGAUGGCAGAUUGACCGUGGAUUUGUGGGAGAAAAGGUCAUUGAAGCCCCGCCUGAAAAUCGAGAAAACGCGCUACAACGAAUAUAUGGUGGUGUUUUUAAGGCCGUCUAUAAUUACGCUAACUAUCGCAACCUCUACGUGUUCACUGAAUUGGGUGACGUUGUCAAAGAAACCAGACGUAAAAGCGCACAAGAUACCGCAAAGAUCGUAAAUAAUCAGCUGAAGAAAAAUGACAAUUCGGCAAUGAACAAGGCCAUUCACCUGCUCCAGGUAGGCGUGUAUCACGGCUGUUCAACAAAGGAAGAUUUGGAGGACAUCAACAGUGACGCACAGUUCUCUCUACCAAUUUCAUACUUGUUUGGUUCUGGACAGGGCACUUUUAUUUUACUGCUCUCUAGCAGUGAGCUAAACAUUGAUACGAUACUCAAGGCGUAUACAGUUGAUAGGGCGGGACCAGUAAACGAAAGACUAGAAACUGAGGCAAAAAUACUCAAGGAAAUCAGAAAGGAGCAGCCACAUAAUAUCCUCUCUGUCUACUACAUUGGCGUAUAUGAACUUACAUACGAGACAACCACGUACAAGUAUUCUGUCGCAGCAUUGGAGUACGCCCAAUACGAUAUCUCAGUGAUCAACCUAAAAAGCUCAAAAGUUGAUUCACGAUACUUCACCGAUGCACAAUGGAAAAACUUCGAAAACGGCCUACGAACAUUGGCCAAAGACAUUUUGACUGCAUUUGUCUGGCUACACAAGAAGGACUUUGUCUACAUGAAUCUGACACUGAACAAUGUCAAGGCAAUCAAGAACAGAUACGGCUACGAAUUCAGGUUGUGGGGAUUUGAGAAUGCGUUUGAAAUAAAGAAAUGUGGCGUUGGUGAAAAAAUAAAAGAUGAUAUGUCAAUCAAUCCUAGACUGAGAUACAUCUGUAACCAGGACAACAAAAUGAUUGGAUCAUUCACUGAUAUCUUCUCACUAGGAACAAUGAUGAGCUUAUUAGGGGGAGUCAAGGACCCAACCAAUUUUGAACAAAUCAUCGAUGCAGCCAAUAUCCAGAACACUGAACCAAAUGACAUCUACGACUGCGCAUUCAACAACAAACUGUCGUUGAAUUGCCGUGAUUUCAUUGACAAAUGCCUGGAAAAGAAUGCCAAUGGGAGACCAGAUGCAAAAACCCACCUCAAUCACCCAUUCAUCACAGGUGAUACCGUAGACGAAUACAGUGAGGACAGAAAGGCGUAUUUGGGAGAUGAAUAG